AUGUUUUCCAAGCUCCAAGCAGUUGCUCUGAUUCUGAUUUCCAAAGGAUUCUUCUGUUUUUCACAUGGUGAAAGUAACUUUGGCAAGAAGGAGAUCAAAAUUGAAGGGGACCUGGUUUUGGGAGGUCUGUUUCCCGUGCACGAGAAAGGCUCAGGAACGGAAGAGUGCGGCAGAAUCAAUGAAGAUCGGGGGAUCCAACGUCUGGAAGCCAUGCUCUUCGCCAUCGAUGCAAUAAACCGCAACACCUACUUGUUGCCGGGAGUGAAGCUGGGAGUUCACAUAUUGGAUACGUGCUCAAGAGACACAUAUGCCCUGGAGCAAUCACUGGAAUUUGUGAGAGCCUCCUUGACAAAAGUAGAUGAAGCAGAAUAUAUUUGUCCAGAUGGAUCAUAUGCAGUUCAGGACAAUAAUCCCUUAGCCAUUGCAGGUGUGAUUGGCGGCUCGUACAGUAGUGUUUCUAUACAGGUUGCAAAUUUGCUAAGACUCUUCCAAAUUCCUCAGAUCAGCUAUGCUUCGACAAGUGCAAAACUCAGUGACAAAAGCCGCUACGAUUACUUUGCAAGAACGGUCCCUCCUGAUUUUUAUCAAGCUAAAGCCAUGGCAGAGAUCUUGCAGUUCUUCAACUGGACCUAUGUGUCAACCGUUGCCUCUGAGGGUGACUAUGGAGAGACGGGAAUCGAAGCCUUUGAGCAUGAAGCAAGGCUUCGAAAUAUAUGCAUUGCCACAUCGGAGAAAGUAGGCCGAUCGACCACAAAGAAAACCUACGACAGCGUCAUCCACCAGCUUCUCACCAAAGCCAAUGCAAAUAUCGUGGUCCUAUUUACACGCGGCGAUGAUGCCAGGGAGCUUCUCGCUGCUGCCAGUCGGUUGAACAUUUCAGGAUUCACUUGGAUUGCCAGCGAUGGGUGGGGAGCCCAGGAAAUUGUUGUCAAGGGAAAUGAGCAGGUUGCCAAUGGUGCAAUCACUCUAGAACUAGCUUCCUACCCCAUCAAGGAGUUUGACAAAUACUUCCACAGCCUCCAUCCCCACACCAACAAACGCAACCCUUGGUUUAAGGCUUUCUGGCAACAGAAGUUUCAUUGUCUACUCCAAAGUGGCCGGGCACGUCAGAAGUUGUGUGACAAGAGGCUCUCGAUCAAUAGCUCCAACUAUGAACAAGAGACCAAAAUUAUGUUUGUGGUCAAUGCAGUCUACUCAAUGGCACAUGCCAUUCACAAGAUGCAGCGAAUGUUGUGUCCUAACACCACCAGACUCUGCAAUGCUAUUUUACCACUGGACGGAAAGAAAUUGUACAAAGAAUACCUGCUUAAAAGUAACUUCAGUGCCCCUUUCCACCCCAUGGGCGAUGCAAACAGUGAGAUCAAGUUCGACGAAAAUGGAGACGGGAUGGGCCGCUACAACGUCUUCAACUUCCAGAAGUGGGCGGGCAAGUACACGUACGUCAGGGUCGGCCAGUGGGCCAAGUCUCUGUCGCUGAACACGGACCUGAUACACUGGCCCAGGCACUACAUCCCCACCUCGCAGUGCAGCGACCCGUGCGCCCCGAACGAAGCCAAGAACAUGCAGCCCGGUGACGUCUGCUGCUGGAUCUGUGUCCCCUGCGACCCUUACGCCUACCUGGAGGACGAGUUCACCUGCAAGGACUGUGGUCCGGGUCGGUGGCCCAACGAGGACCUGACGGGCUGCUAUGACCUACCAGAGGAGUACAUCAGGUGGGCAGACGGCUGGGCCAUUGGGCCAAUCACCAUCUCCUGCGCUGGGAUUGUCACCACCCUCAUGGUUGCCUCCAUCUUUAUAAAGCACAACAACACGCCUCUUGUCAGAGCUUCAGGCCGUGAGCUGUGCUACAUUUUGCUCUUCGGGGUCUUCUUCUCCUACUGUAUGACCUUUUUCUUCAUCUCCAAGCCCUCGCGCGCCAUAUGUACCCUGCGCCGUCUGGGACUGGGCACGUCUUUCGCCGUGUGCUACUCUGCCUUGCUCACCAAGACCAACCGCAUCGCCAGGAUAUUCAACGGGGUGCAGGAAGGCACCCAGAGGCCACGGUUCAUCAGUCCCAGCUCGCAAGUCUUCAUCUGUAUGAGUCUAAUCUUGGUCCAAAUUGUCAUGGUGUCAGUGUGGCUUGUACUGGAGGCUCCAGGGACCAGAAGGUACACUGUUCCUGAAAGAAGAGAGACAGUCAUUCUGAAAUGUAACGUGAAAGAUUCCAGUAUGCUAAUGUCACUGUCCUAUGACGUGGUGCUGGUGAUUCUCUGUACGGUCUACGCCUUUAAAACACGAAAAUGUCCUGAAAACUUCAACGAAGCAAAGUUUAUUGGAUUUACCAUGUACACGACAUGCAUCAUCUGGCUGGCUUUCCUCCCCAUAUUUUACGUGACUUCCAGCGACUACAGGGUUCAGACCACGACAAUGUGUAUCUCAGUCAGCCUGAGUGGCUUUGUGGUGCUGGGCUGCCUCUUUGCACCCAAGGUCCAUAUUAUUGUGUUCCAGCCCCAGAAGAACGUGACCAGCCACAGACUCACCAUGAACAGGUUCAGUGUCAGCGGAACGGUCACGAGCCACUCUCACUUGUCCGCCAGCGCUCACUACGUCCCAGCUGUCUGCAACGGACGGGAAAUUCUGGACUCCACCGCCUCGUCUUUGUGA